AUGAUGAUCAUCAGUAACUACUCAGUUCAAAGAACCUAUUAUGACAUUCUUGGUGUGAGGGAAGACGCUAGCUUUGAUGAAAUUCGCUCAGCUUAUAGGUCUUCUGUCCUCAGUUCUCAUCCAGAUAAACUGUUACAGGAAUCUGAACUGCUUAACUCCAGUCAUGGUUCUGGGAACAAAUUCAUAGAGGUACAACAGGCUUGGAAGAUCCUCAGCAAUCCAAGGGACCGCGGAAUGUACGACAUUGAACUACAAAAAUUGAGAGACCAAGCAUUGACUUGUGAUGAUGUUAGAUUAGAGGAUUUCUCGAUUGAAGAAUCAGAUGAUAGUUUAGAGCUUUCCUACAGUUGCAGGUGUGGAGACUACUUUGUAAUUGACUCUUCAGAGUUAAUGGAGGUCGGCUAUUCAUUAUCGAAGAAGGGGAGUGAAUUCAUUUUGCAUUCAGUUAAAUCUUUGCCAGCCUCUGUAAUUCUUCCUUGUGGUUCUUGCUCUCUUAAAAUCCUUUUAUCGAUUGAUGUAAAUGAUAGUCUUCAAAUUGAUGGCCAUUUUAUAAACUCGUAUUCUUCCAUCAUGAUCCGUUGCUUCAUGGAAAAUAAACCAAUCCUUCCAAUGCAAAUUGAAUCGGAGAUGGAUUCUGGGGAAGAGGGUUGUCAUUGGUCUGUCUUCGAUGGAAUUAAAAAGAGUACUGUACGCUCUGCAUCACCAGAGGCACUGAUGGCAGAGAUAAAUUCUGCUAUUUCUUCACUCGAAUAUGCCCAUUCGACGGCUUACUUGCAGUCUGUAUGUUCUGACCCGAAGGAUGAUGUCGGUGGAAAAUCGACUACUACUUCAAACUAUGAUGCUAGAAUGGCAGAUGAAGCUUACAAGUUAGGGUUGGCAGCUAUGGCGUCUGGGAAACUUAAUGAGGCCAUUCAGUCUCUAAAUGUUGCUCUUACAAAGUGCCCACCAGAUAAGACUUCUGCAAUUGCUAAAAUUCGGUCUCUUAUUUCUCUCACUUCUCAACAGCUGCAGAAGUCCUCCAACUGA